AUGGGUGUUCAAAAAAAAGAUAUUAAGAAAUCACAACAAUCUCAACCAAAAAAACAACAGAUUAAAGAAGAGGAACCAACCAUAGAGAAAGAUGAAGAAACAUUAGAACAACAAGACGAAAAAAUUAUAAAUAAACAUUGGAAAAAUUUAAAUAGUUUUAAUGAUGAUAGUAGCAAACCAGAAAAUGAUUCAGAUAAUGAUUUUGGUGAUUCAGAUGAUGAAAAUGUAAAUAAUAAUAGAGAUGAUGAUGGAGAUGGAUCAGAUGAAGAAUCAAAUAAUAAAUUUGGCAAAAAAAGAAAAAUAUCAGAAUUUAAAAACGAUACCAACAAUCAAGAAGAUGACGAAGAACAAGAUAAUAGUAAUAAAAAUGGCAAAUUUGAUACAACUAUAGAUAAAACUAAAAAAGUACCAAAAGGUGCUAGAAAAUAUUUAAAGGGUGAAAUUGUUGCACCAACUGGUAUUAAAAAUCCAUAUUUAAGAACAAAUUUAAAAAAAAUUGGAGAUUUAAAAAGAGAGUCAGCUAAACAAGCAUUAAAGAGUGAAAUGUUAUUACAAAAAGAUUGUGGUUUUAUUGUUACAGAAAAUGAAAAAGAAAAAACAUAUAAAUUAACCCAACAUCAAAUUGCAAAACAAGUUGAUAUUCAAUCAUCUGGUAAAGUUUUUGAUUUAAAUUUAGACCCAAAUGGACCAUACAAUUUCGAAUAUUCAAAGAAUGGUAGAUAUUUAUUAUUAGCAGGUGCAAGAGGUCAUUACUCGAUCGUGGAUUGGCAAAGAGGUAAAAAACUUACAGAAAGACAUUUAGGUGGGGCUAUUCGUGAUGCAUGUUUUCUUCACAAUGAAACAAUGUUUGCAUUGGCCCAAAAGAAGUACACAUAUAUUUAUAAUCAAGACGGUGUUGAAUUACAUUGGCUUAAAGAUCACUACGAUCCAAAGUUUAUCGAUUUCCUUCCAUACCACUAUCUUUUAGUAUCAGCCACAAACAAAGGUAAAAUUAUAUACGAAGAUAUUUCAGUUGGUCAAAAAGUUGUAGAAAGUCAUUAUCAUGGUCCACUUAGCGCAAUGUGUCAAAAUCCACAAAAUGCAGUUAUGAAUUUAGGUUUUAGCACUGGUAUUGUUCAAAUGUGGAUUCCAAAAUCAAGAAACCCAGUCGUUAAGAUUCAUUGUCAUAAAUCACCCAUCACAUCCAUGGCUGUCAGUUUAUCUGGUAAUUAUCUUGUAACUGCAGGCAGCGAUUGUAUGGUUAAAGUAUUUGAUCUUCGUAACACCUAUCAAGAAACACAUGCCUUUGCAACUAAAAUUACACCAAAUGCAAUCUCAUUAUCAGGUACCAAUGUUUUAGCAGUAGCAGGUGAUAAGCAAACAUACAUUUGGAAGAAUCCAUUCGAUACAUCCAUCCAAGAACCAUAUCUCAUUCAUAAAAAUAAUUCAAUUGCAAACUCUGUUCAAUUUUGUCCAUUUGAGGAUGUUCUUGGUAUUGGCACACAAUCAGGUUUUAGCUCAACUUUAGUACCAGGCAGUGGUAUUGCAAACUACGAUUCUAUGGAAGCAGAUCCAUUCGCAAGCAACAAGAUGAAGAAAGAACAAGAGGUAAAGAAACUCCUCGAAAAGAUUCCACACGAUAUGAUUACAUUAGAUCCAAAUGUUAUUGGUACCAUUCAAUCUGGUGUUAAAAGUGAAGAAGAUAAAUUCAAAAGAGCCAACGAACCAAAAGUCGAUAAAAAUCGUGUUUUCGAUCCAGUUAAACUUCAACAAAUUAAAGAAAGAAAUAAAGAAAGAAAAGAGAAAAGAGAAAGUGAAAUUCUUACAUCAACUGAUAAAUCUGCUUUAUCUAGAUUCGAAAAAAAAUAUUAA